UUUGCUCUUGCCCCAGAGCCACUCACUCCAGGCCGCGUGCGUGCCCGCGUGCGCGCGUGAGUACGUGCCGCCUGCCCUGAAUCCCGCACCCCAGUGGACCCCGCGCACUCUUGCCGCCUCUAUCCCCGCAGGCUUCCCUCCUAUUGCUUCCUUCACUCGUCCGGGCGCCGCCAUGUGCUCCCUAGCAACGGGCGUCACCGGCGCCAGGCGCCGGCUGCAGGAGGCCGAGGAGGAGGAGGUGCCCGGCUUGUCGGAUAGCGGAGAAGAGGCGGCCUGGGAGGAUGAGGAGGAGGAAGAAGAAGAGGAGGAGGAGGCGGAGCCGCCCCGAGACAAGCAGCAGACCCCCUGCCUGUUCUGUGACAGGUUAUUCACUUCUGCUGAAGACACAUUUUCUCACUGUAAAUCUGAACAUCAGUUUGAUAUUGACAACAUGGUCCAUAAACAUGGGCUUGAAUUUUAUGGAUACAUUAAGCUAAUAAAUUUCAUCAGACUUAAGAACCCAACUUCAGAGUAUUUGAAUUCUUUAUGCAAUCCAGUGCCUUGGGAGAAAGAAGAAUAUUUGAAACCAGUAUUAGAAGAUGAUCUUUUACUUCAAUUUGAUGUAGAAGAUCUUUAUGAACCAGUGACAGUCCCAUUCUCGUACCCUAAUGGGCUUAGUGACAACACAUCUGUUCUUGAGCGGUUGAAGCACAUGGAAGCCAGAGCACAGUCUGCUGAAGCAGCAUUAGCUAGAGCCCGGGAAGACCUUCAGAGAAUGAAACAGUUUGCACAGGAUUUCGUGAUGAACGCAGAUGUCAGAACCAACUCGUCAUCCACCACUACCAUUGCGGACCUUAACGAGGAUGAGGAUGGUGUUUAUUUCAGCUCGUAUGGGCAUUAUGGGAUACAUGAAGAGAUGCUAAAGGAUAAAGUACGAACAGAAAGCUAUCGAGACUUUAUAUACCAAAAUCCACACAUUUUUAAAGAUAAGGUAGUUCUGGAUGUUGGUUGUGGAACUGGAAUUCUCUCUAUGUUUGCAGCUAAAGCUGGUGCUAAACGGGUCAUUGGAGUUGAUCAAUCAGAAAUAAUUUAUCAGGCAAUGGAUAUCAUAAGGCUAAAUAAACUUGAAGGUAUCAUUACACUAGUCAAAGGAAGAAUUGAAGAAGUUGAUCUACCUGUGGAAAAAGUAGAUGUUAUCAUAUCAGAAUGGAUGGGCUAUUUUCUCCUCUUCGAGUCUAUGUUGGAUUCUGUCAUUUAUGCAAAGGACCAAUACCUGGCAAAGGGAGGAUCAGUCUACCCUGACAUUUGCACAAUUAGCUUACUGGCUGUAGGAGAUCCAAACAAACAUGCAGAUAGGAUUGCUUUCUGGGAUGAUGUGUAUGGAUUCAACAUGUCUUGCAUGAAGAAAGCAGUUAUUCCAGAAGCUAUCGUGGAAGUUUUGGACUCAAAGACGAUUAUUUCAGAACCUUGUGGCAUUAAGCGUAUAGAUUGCCAUGCUGCAUGUGUCCCUGAUCUCGAGUUUUCUUCAGAUUUCACUCUGAAAAUCACAAAACUGUCCAUGUGUACGGCAAUUGCUGGCUAUUUUGAUAUCUUUUUUGAGAAGAACUGCCACAAAAAAGUUUUAUUCUCUACUGGUCCCCAUGCUACCCAAACCCACUGGAAGCAAACAAUAUUUCUACUUGAGAAGCCAUUUUCUGUUAAAGCGGGUGAGGCCUUAAAAGGAAAGAUAACUAUUCAAAAGAACAGGAAGGAUCCACGUUCUCUCAUCGUUACUCUUAAAUUGAAUAACUUAACUCAGACCUAUAGCCUUCAGUGA